AUGCCAAUGCUUUUCACAGACGGAGAAAGCCCUCUUUCUUUUAGAGAUGCUGGUAUUCCUAAUAUCAUAAGAAAGAGAAUAACUCUUUCUGCAUGGAAUCCUUCGUGCGGGCUCUGGUUCCCCGUAGCCACCGUGGACCCUAUCUCGAAGAUUUCCCUCAGUGAAACCAGUCUCGAUUGUGCUAAUGUGUACAGAAGCCAAGAACCUAGUAUACCGGAUUACGCGACUUGGCCACUCCAAUUAGCGGGAACAAGCAGCGAUAAGAAGGACCACGCCGUUCCAGUAGUCCUGCAGAGGGACUUUGGAAUGGAAUGUGAAUGCGACGCACGCAGAGAUGUGGCAGAACGAAGGAUCGAAAAUGAAGAAAAGAUAAGCGAGGAUGGAGGAUGA